AUGGCCGCAGAAGCGUUGGAAAGUGGUUAUAUAAUGCUUUUGCUACAAGUCCUUAUACAAUCACAUUUUGUACUUCACUUCAUUUUUAUUAAUAUUAUUUAUUUUUUUGUGUUGUUUCUGUGUACCGUUUCGCAGAAUGGCCGUCAUGCUUGCUCAUCGUUGUGUCCGAAAGAACAGCUUCCGGCACCGGAGGAUACAAUUUCAUGCAGAUCACCUCGAAUGGUUGAGGUACCAGGCCAUUGCUGUAAAAUGUGGCUGUGUGAGAAUCCGACAGCUGAUGUCUAUGCCACCUGCCACAAUUCCUCAACCAGCCCAUGGACGCCAUGUUCACAAAACUGCGGCAUGGGCGUAUCAACGCGUUUCACAAGCACCACAGCAGGCUGUAAUCAAUUAAGCAAUCUGCGACUUUGUGAAAAUCGCAAAUGUGAUCUCGACAAUAAAAACAAUUUAAUAGCAUUAAACAAACAAUUAAGUAGCAGUAGUGAGUCUAAAUAUAUAAGUAGCAGUCAACAUAAGAAUAUUAAGGAUAAUUAUCAAAUAGCAGCACAGCUAUUGCACGAACAGGAGCACCGAAUCCGGAAAGGACACGAAUGUCGGAGUAUACAGCGCUUGGGACCAGCACGUAUACGCUUGGGUUCAUGUGUUUCAAGGAAAUUAUAUCGUCCCAAACUAUGUGGACGUUGUCAUCAUACAAGCAAAUGCUGUGUGCCUUCAGUUUCAACAACAAUCCAAGAGACAUUUGAGUGA